GUUUUCUUUAGCACCUACUCUUCCACAAAGUUCCAUAUCAUCGGUUGCUCCAUCACCUCUCUCUAUCUGUCUUCAAUCGGCGAAAUCGAAGUUGGUCGCGUCUUCAAGCAAUGGCCGCAUUGUCAGGGAAGAUUGUAAAAAAUGUUUUUGUAACACAGGGCUACCAACAGAAUAGGAAGGUUGGGACCCAAUACCAUUGGGACUCUUGCAUGCCUUAUAUGUGCAACUCGCUUCCCUUUCAAGGAGGGAAGUUAGCAUGGACUGGCACGUCCUCCAUGCAAAUCUGUACCUUGUCACCAUACCAGAGUGGUUUUGUAAACCGAGGAACUGUUUACUGCAACGCUGCUCCAUCCACAACUGCAAUACCAUAUCUUGACAAAGUUGAUUUUCUGAAACUUCAGAAUGGAAGUGAUAUUCGAGGUGUGGCAAUUGCUGGUGUUGAAGGUGAACCUGUUAGCCUCACAGAGCCAGUUACAGAAGCCAUAGCAGCUGCUUUUGCUGCAUGGUUAUUGGAGAAGAAAAAAGAUGAUGGAUCUCACCACUCGAGAGUUUCUAUUGGACACGAUUCUCGUAUCUCUGCACAGAUGCUACUGGAUGCAGUUUCACGAGGUAUUGCUGUUGCAGGCCUGGGUGUUGUUCAAUAUGGAUUAGCAUCUACCCCAGCAAUGUUUAAGAGCACGCUCACCAAAGACGAGGCAUUUCUCUGUCCUGUUGAUGGGGCAAUAAUGAUAACAGCUAGUCAUCUUCCAUUCAACAGAAAUGGGUUCAAAUUCUUCACUAGUGAUGGGGGACUUGGGAAAGCUGACAUCAAGAAUAUCUUGGAGCGUGCUGCAGAUAUAUACAAAAACUUUACAGAUGACGUUUUUAAAAAUUCAAAAACAAAGGCGUCGACAUCUGUUAAAAGAGUUGAUUACAUGACUGUCUAUACAUCUGACCUUGUGAGUGCUGUUCGGAAAGCUGCAGGAAAUAUAGAAAAACCUUUGGAGGGGUUCCACAUUGUUGUUGAUGCGGGAAAUGGAGCAGGAGGAUUUUUUGCUGCAAAGGUACUUGAGCCUCUGGGGGCCUUAACUGCUGGUAGUCAGUUCUUGGAGCCAGAUGGUUUGUUUCCAAAUCAUAUUCCCAACCCGGAGGACAAGACAGCAAUGAAAGCUAUUACUGAGGCAGUCCUAAAAAACAAGGCUGAUUUGGGAAUAAUAUUUGAUACAGAUGUGGACAGAUCUGCUGCUGUGGACUCUACUGGUCGUGAAUUUAAUCGAAAUCGACUAAUUGCCUUAAUGUCUGCUAUUGUUCUGGAGGAGCAUCCAGGAACAACUAUUGUUACAGACAGUGUGACUUCAGAUGGGCUGACUACAUUCAUUGAGAAGAAACUUGGGGGAAAGCACCAUCGAUUUAAAAGAGGCUAUAAAAAUGUCAUUGAUGAAGCUAUUCGUUUGAACUCUGUUGGUGUCGAGACACAUCUUGCAAUUGAAACCAGUGGCCAUGGAGCUCUCAAGGAGAAUCACUGGCUUGAUGAUGGUGCAUACCUCAUGGUCAAGAUUUUAAAUAAACUUGCUUCAGCCAGAGCUUCAGGAGUAGGUGGCGGAAGCAAGGUUUUGACUGAUCUGGUGGAGGAUCUAGAGGAAGCAGCAGUUGCUGUGGAAUUAAGACUUAAAAUUGAUCAGUCUCAUCCAGAUCUUAAAGGGGGAUAUUUCCGAGACUAUGGAGAGGCAGUGCUUAAACACAUGGAGAACUUCAUAGAAUCAGAUCCAAAGCUUCAGAAAGCUCCUGUUAACUAUGAAGGGGUUAGACUUUCUGGCUUUGGUGGGUGGUUUCUCCUCAGACUCUCACUUCAUGAUCCUGUUCUUCCUCUGAACAUUGAGGCACCAAGCCAUGACGACGCUGUGAAACUUGGUCUUGUUGUGGCUGCUGCUGUCAAGGAGUUUCAUGCUUUGGACACAUCAGACUUGGACAAAUUUGUCCAAACUACAUAGGCAUAUAAAUGUCAUGACAGCAUGACUGGACAAUGAAAUCCUGUUUUCAAUCAUCAAUGACUACAGCGGGUAAAUCGGAGCUUUAGGAAAAGAUUAAUGGUUCGGUAAUAUCUAUUUCCCAAAGCAUUGGAAUGCAACUAGUUGAAAGUCACGAAAUCUUUGGGUUUUAGUUGUGAUUUACAGGAGUGCAGCAAGAUGAAAUUUUGCGAGUUUGUCUGUUUUCUUAGCCUCUAAAGAAGGUAGUGAUGGAAUGGGGCUUUGUUUGUGAACGAUCUACUUGUGAAUUUCAUAUGUUUAUUAACUUGUAAUGAUUUGCAUGCACACAUAACGUCUUUGAAUUGCUUAAUUAGCGAGAUUUGCAUAAUAGAGAAAAUACACUCACAC